GUUCAGUCACAAACGAGAGAGUAAAGAAGAAGCAAAUUUCUUUUUUCCCGAUUCCACCACAUCAAGAUGCACAGCCUCAGUGAGCAGGAUGCUGUCGUCCCUCGGCCUCGUGGGAAUUUGCCUAAAUUGUGUGCACUCGGCAUGGCUGCCAUCACUAUAGGACCUGACGUGUUUUCCUCACCUGAACGGAUAUUUAACUUGGUUGCCAUGGCAACCCUCAUGUUAACCCUGGGCCCUGUGGUGUACGGAUUCUGCCAGCUGACAGAGGAGCUGCUGCACCACGCAAACACCAGAUAUCGAGGUCAGCCCCUGCUGACCUAUGUGUUGCCAGCUUGUGGUUUGGAGCUGAAGGUCCUACUGACUGCAGCCCUGGCAGGCCUGAUGUUCUACCUGACAGCACAUCCUCUGUCUUACGAAAGCCAGUGCUGGAGCUUCCUCUUCCUGCUCCCUGCCUCAUAUCUUGUGUUGAAAAGUGUAGGAGUCCUGGUGAGCGCCGCAGCAAUGACACACUACAAACAUCACAGGCUGUGUUCUUUUGCAUGA